UCUAGUCGCCUUUCCCCUCCCCUCCCCCCCUCCGGCACUUGUGAGUGACAGGCGGGAGUUCAGGAGCUGCGAGGACGCCGAGUCGCCGUUGCCGCCGCCAAACCGUGGAAGGAGAAGCCGCUUUUUCGCCGCCCGGAGCGCUGCUUCUGCCGCCUCCUCCCCUUCUUCCUCCUCCUCUCUUACGCAGUACUAUGAGGCGGCCCUGACGGGGGGCGCCGCAGCCCGCCCGCCCUGCCCCCCUUCCCCCCCUCCUCGUCCCCCCCUCGCCCCCAGCCCCCUGUCCUCGCCUCAGCCCAGCCCAACGAAGCCCGGCGCGGCGGCGGGGUCUGGGCUCCCCACCCGCCCCCCGAUGACUGCGGCAAACUGCGGCGGCGCCAACGACGAGUUCGACUUCAGGCUCAUCUUCGGGGAGGACGGGCAGCAGCCGGGCUCGGGGCCGUCGACGACGACGCCACUGCCACAGCCGCUUGGGCCUGCCGCCGCCUCAGCAGAUCUUGAACCUGAUGACUGUGCUUCUGUGUGCAUCUUCAGUGUAGAUCAUUCAUCAUCUGUAAAUCAUCCUAUUUGUAUCCCUUGUCAUGGAUUUCAGUCACAUCAUUCUCCUUUGUCUUCGCCUACUAGACUGCAGGGUCAUAAAAGCUAUGAAGGAAUGUGUGAAGUACCACAAUCCAAGUACAGUGCACUAGGUGGUCCUAAGACAUUUGAGUGUCCUAGCAUUCAAAUUACAUCUAUUUCUCCUAACUGUCAUCAAGGAAUAGAAGCCAGUGAAAAUGAAUUGCACACAAAUGGCCCUCAAAAUGAAUAUAUGGAAAGGCCUUCAAGGGACCAUUUGUAUCUUCCUCUUGAGCCAUCUUACAGGGAUUCGUCCCUUAGCCCAAGUCCUGCCAGCAGCAUUUCCUCCCGAAGCUGGUUCUCGGAUGCCUCCUCUUGUGAGUCGAUUUCUCAUAUUUAUGAUGAUGUGGAUUCAGAACUGAAUGAAGCUGCUGCUCGAUUUACCCUUGGAUCACCUUUGGCAUCUCCUGGAGGUUCUCCAAGGGGCUGUCCAGUGGAUGAACCCUGGCAACAAUCUUAUGGAUUUGGGCAUGCCUUGUCACCUAGACAAUCUCCUUGUCAUUCUCCUAGGACUAGUAUCACAGAUGAAAAUUGGCUUAGCCCUAGGCCAACCUCAAGACCAUCAUCGCGACCUACAUCACCGUGUGGGAAACGGCGACAUUCUAGUGCUGAGAUCUGUUAUGUUGGUUCACUUUCUCCUCACCAUUCUCCAACUCCCUCUCCAGGACAUUCUCCUAGGGGAAGUAUAACUGAAGACACAUGGCUAAAUUCUUCUCUUCAUGGUCUGACUCCUGGCCUUUCACCUUUUCAGUGUUGUGCAGAGACUGACAUCCCUCUUAAAACACGAAAGACCUCUGAGGAUCAAACUGCCAUUAUAUCAGGAAAAAUAGAGCUUUGUUCUGAAGAACAGGGUAGUUUAUCACCAUCACUUGAAACAGCAAUAGAUGAUAGCUCUGGAGCCCAGCAUAUGUUAAAAAAAGACUUGUCUGGUGACCAAUUUCUUUCUGUUCCUUCACACUUCACCUGGAACAAACCAAAGCCUGGCCAUACUCCUAUCUUUCGCACAUCUUCGUUGCCUCCCCUAGACUGGCCUUUGCCUACUCAAUAUGGACAGUGUGAAUUGAAAAUAGAAGUGCAACCAAAAACUCAUCAUAGAGCACAUUAUGAAACAGAAGGCAGUAGAGGAGCAGUAAAAGCAUCAACUGGUGGCCAUCCUGUAGUGAAGCUCCUGGGUUAUAGUGAAAAGCCAGUAAACCUACAGAUGUUCAUUGGGACAGCGGAUGAUCGUUAUCUGCGGCCACAUGCCUUCUACCAAGUGCAUAGAAUCACGGGUAAAACAGUUGCUACUGCUAGUCAAGAGAUAAUUAUUGCAAGCACAAAGGUCUUGGAAAUUCCACUUCUUCCUGAAAACAAUAUGUCAGCCAGUAUUGACUGUGCAGGUAUUUUGAAACUCCGCAAUUCUGACAUAGAACUUCGUAAAGGGGAGACAGAUAUUGGAAGGAAGAAUACAAGAGUGCGGCUUGUGUUUCGAGUUCACAUCCCACAGCCUAAUGGAAAAGUCUUGUCCCUUCAAGCUGCUUCAAUACCUGUUGAAUGCUCUCAGAGAUCGGCUCAAGAACUUCCUCAGAUAGAGAAAUACAACAUCAACAGUUGCUCAGUAAAUGGAGGCCAUGAAAUGGUUGUUACUGGAUCGAAUUUCCUUCCAGAAUCAAAAAUAAUAUUUCUUGAAAAGGGGCAAGAUGGAAGGCCCCAGUGGGAGGUGGAAGGAAAAAUAAUUAGAGAAAGGAGUCAAGAGGCUACAAUUGUUCUUGAAGUUCCUCCAUACCACAACAAAACAGUUACAGCUACUGUCCAGGUGCAGUUCUAUGUUUGCAAUGGCAAGAGGAAAAAAAGUCAGUCUCAGCGUUUUACUUACACUCCAGUUGUACUAAAGCAAGAGAACAGAGAUGAAAUGGAUUUGUCUUCAGUUCCAUCAUUGUCCUUGACUCGUUGUACAGGUGUUAAAGGACUCUCUUCUCUCCAAACUCAGCUGCCUUCACCAGAUCCAGGGCUCUCGCAUGAUAGUUUACUUUCUACUUCACCUAGGAGCCUUGUAUGCCCAGUUCAGCAGACGUACACAUCCAUGGCAUCCUCACCAGUAUCUCAGUUGCCACACAUCCAGAAUAGAAGCAUUAGUCCAGGUGAAGAGCAUCAUGUUUUGUCUCCAGCUGUAGUCCACCAAUCUUUUCAGGUAACAUCAGCACCUUCUGCGAGGCCUUCCUACCAGCCUAUGCAAUCUAAUGUUAUGUUUAAUGGACAGACUGGUCUUCCCAUGAACUCUGCUUCCUCCAGCCAAGGAUAUGAUGCAAUUUCCUUUCAACAAGAUGCAGCUGUACCUCCAUUGAUAAACCUUAGCUGCCAAUCUCUACCAACAAUGCCCUAUCUUUCUUCAAGUCCAGUUUCAGUGUCAACUUCAGCUGCAACAGGAGGGCAUCCUUCAGUCCACCCAACUCAAUCAAGACAAUCGUCACCUCAUUUGCAGUCAAUGGGAUACCAUUGUCCAAAUCCUCUGCAAAGUUCUGUCUCUUCCACAAUGACUCAGUCCCUGGGACAUCCUUCCACACAGUUGCAACAAGUUACUUACCAUUCUUCAAAUCCAGGUAACACUUCAUCGCCAUCCCCAAAACCUUCUCAUUCAUUGGGCCAUUCACCACGAUCUGGGCCAUCUUCUCCACAAUUGCAGCCUAUGCCUUACCAGACUCCUAGCUCAGGACCCGCUUCAUCUCCUCCUCCUACUGCUGUUGGUCACUCUGGACAACAGUCCCCACAGGCACACAGCCCAGGCUUGGGUGGAAUUCCUGCAGCUUCAUCUUUGAUGCAUCAUAACAUAUGUGACUCAUCUCCAUUUUCACCAGAGGAAUCAGCUGUUAACAUUAAACCUGAACCUGAAGAUCGAGAGUUGAAUUUUCAGACGAUAGGGUUGCAAGACAUCACUUUGGAUGAUGUGAAUGAAAUCAUAGGAAGAGAUAUGUCACAGAUCUCGGUGUCCCAUGGAGCAGGGGUGGCUAUCCAUUCUUCGCAUGCAUCUUCUGCAUCUCUGGAGACAGGACUAUCAGAUGGAGCUCAGUAGCUACUAAGCUUGUGACUUAGUGAUCCAGAAAACUUCGCACUUUUCCUUUGAGUAAUGCUUCAUCCCCCUCCUUAGAUUUACUGUGCUUCCGACUUUGUGGCCUUGAUGAUCUGGAACAGUGGAUCCUUUGCAUAGCUGUUCUGGGAGGGUGGGGAAACGGUUACACUUCUAGCUUCCUAGGAUGCUGUAAAAAUUACUUUGUAAAAAUGGACACAAAGAAGCAACCCAAGAUACUUUAACCAUGAGAAAAUACCAAUGAGCUAUGCUUGUUUUGUGCAUUUAAUAGAAUACUUUUAUAUUAAGUGCUUAAUUGUAUGGAGAAAUAUAGUUUUGCUCUCAAUAUGCACAGUACUGAAUGUGGGAAUUCUUUUUUAAAAAUACACAUCUUCAUAUGCUGCUUUUCCUUAGAGAUAUUAGGACUGUAAUAUAAAUUUGUAUACCUUUUUGGGGGUCUUUUUGAAGAGCCUUUAAGCUUAUAUUGUUUGAAAGAGAACUUUUUUUUAUAAUGAAAUCUUCCAGAGGCACAAAAGUACCUGUCAUCUUAAGCCAAUGCCUUGGAAGUCUUGCGUAUAAAAAAAUAGCAUUUUCUUUGGACUUUUAGGAAGCAAAGCCAAAUGUAGGUCUGUUGUUCUUUAUACAUUGAAAAUCCUUGGUAGGCUGCAAAGAGACCAUUCCAUCAUGGAAAUAUUGGGAUUAAAAUGACAUUCCAAAAUCUAACUUUUAUAACUUUAUACCCCUUGCUAGCACAGGCCCCCCUAUAAGUGAAACAGGUUUUUCUAGUUCAGAAAAGUUUAUAAAAUGCUAAUUUUUAAGGAGAGAACCAAGAUUUUUGGAUGCUAAAAAGCCAUGCUCUAUAAGGAAACCUUUUGGUUGGAAUAGUUUUAAGUACGGGUUAUCCACACUGUCUUGAAAUCCCUCAGGUAGGGUUUUUCACUUAGUCCAUGGUGUGUCUCCCCACCCCCACCCCACCCCUAGACAAAUCCAAUUUAUAUCUCUUGUUACUCAGACUUGUUUCUUAAAAUAUUUUCUUUAUAACAUUUUGAUACUUACGUUCAUGGGGAUUCCUCCUUCAAGAAAUCUGAUUAGUCCCAGUAUGUAGUAAAGGAAAUGUAACAGGUUUUGAUAAAUAGUGAAAAACUGUUUAGCCGCUCAUGCUCUUAACAGUUGUGCUUAACACUGCUGACAGAGGCAGCUUUUUCUAGUAGUUAACAGACAUCAGGGCACACCCACCAUGAGUUUCUCUCCUGCAAGCGCUAUUGAAAUUAGUGGGGACUGCCCUUCUGCAGCUCCUGUUGUACUUCCAGCAACCCACACCAUCAAGGAAUCAUGUUUACACUACAUUUUGAAAUUUCAGACCACCCUGAAUAAAAAAAAUCAUGAUUGGAGCUGAAACAUCAGAGUGACACAACUUUGUGUUAGUAUUUCAUACAAGAUGGGCAAUUACGAAUUCAUAA